UAGCGGCCAAUCCGAUUCAUGAGGUACGCGGCGCGGAAACCUCUAGCUGCGCUGCUAUCCCCGCCGACUCUCUCCUGCUCGUCUCCCUCCUCCGCGCCGCUCCUCCAGCGAUCCCGGUCCCUUCGCGAAGGAUGGUUGGUCCUGAUUCCCCGCCAGUGCGUCUCCCCCCCGAGCAGCCGCCUCCCCAGAGGCCACCACUUCCACGAUGCACGCAGGGCGCUCGACAAAACCCCCAAUCGGACCGCAUCCGCAUGGACAUCGGCCAUCGCGGCCUGCGCGCGCGGGGGGCGGCACCGGGACGGCCUGGCCACGUUCACCGACAUGCUCGCCCAAAACGGCGGCCUCCCACCAAACAAGUUCGUCCUCGCCGCGGUCCUCAAAUGCUGCGCGGGGCUCGGUUCCACAGAACCAGGCAGGCAAAUCCACGGCUGGAUGCUGCGGAACGACGUGCGCAUGGACGGGGUGCUGAGCAACGCGCUCCUCGACAUGUACGCCAAGUGCGGCGACUACGGGCGGACCAGGCGGGCGUUCACAACAAUGCCCCAUACAGACGCCGUGUCCUGGAACAUCGUGAUCGGCGCGUGCCUGCAGAGCGGCGACGUCCUCGGGUCGAUGCGGCUCUUCGAUGCGUCGCCGGUGCGGGACGCGUCGAGCUGGAACACGAUCAUCAGCGGCUUGAUGCGGAGCAGCUGCCCCGCCGAGGCGCUGGGCCGGCUGUACCGUAUGGCGCGGGCCCGGGUGGCGUUUAACCACUACACGUACUCCACGGCGCUUGCCCUGGCUGGCAUGCUCUCCUUGCCGCGCCUUGGGCGGCAGCUCCAUGCCCGUGUGCUGACGGCUGCGACGGAAGCCGACGCGUUCGUUCGGAGCUCUCUCAUGGACAUGUACUGCAAGUGCGGCGCCAUGGACUCUGCUCUGUCAAUCUUUGGUAGAUGCUCGCAUGUUACCGGUGACGUGAACUUUGCGUGGAGCACGAUGGUCGCUGGGUACAUCCAGAAUGGCAGGGAGGAGGAAGCUCUCGAGUUCUUCCGCUUGAUGCUGCGUCGAGGGGUUGCAGCCGAUCGCUUCACCCUCACCAGUGCGGUUGCGGCGUGCGCAAAUGCAGGGAUGGUUGAACAAGGCAGGCAAGUUCACGGAUGCGUCCAGAAGCUAGGGCACAUCAUUGAUGCGCCGUUGGCAUCUGCCAUCGUCGACAUGUAUGCCAAGUGCGGCAACCUUGAUGAUGCUUGCAGGAUGUUCAGCAGAGCUCGCACCAAGAACGUUUCUCUCUGGACUUCGAUGCUGUGCUCCUAUGCGUCUCACGGGAAAAGCAGGAUGGCCAUACAACUCUUCAACACCAUGACUGCAGAGAAGAUCACACCCAAUGAGGUUACUCUCGUAGGUGUUCUAUCUGCCUGUAGCCAUGGCAGGUUGGUGACUGAAGGAGACCGCUUCUUUAAGCUUAUGCAAGAAGAGUAUGGAAUUGUUCCAAGCAUUGAGCAUUACAAUUGCAUGGUUGAUCUUUAUGGUCGAGCUGGACUGCUCGACAAAGCAAAUAACUUCAUCAUGGAAAACAAGAUUAGGCACCAAGCUAUUGUUUGGAAGACAUUACUGUCUGCUUGUCGGGUUCACAAGGACAUGGAGCACGCAAAGCUUGCUUCUGGAAAUUUGAUUCAUCUGGAACAAUGUGAUGCAGGAUCAUAUGUUAUGAUGUCAAACAUGUAUGCCACUCACAGCAAAUGGCUUGACACUUUGAAGCUCAGAAGUUCCAUGCGGGAAAAGAGGGUCUGGAAGCAACCCGGACGAUCUUGGAUCCAUCUGAAGAACAUUGUGCAUACAUUCGUUGCAGGAGACAUAGCGCACCCAAGAUCAACUGAAAUCUACGAUUACUUGGAGAAGUUGAUGGGCAGACUCAAGGAACUGGGGUACACAAGUAGAACUGAUCUUGUUGCUCAUGAUGUAGAGGAGGAACAGAGGGAAACAGCUCUGAAGUUCCAUAGUGAGAAGCUUGCCAUCGCGUUUGGGAUCAUCAGCACUCCGAGUGGAACUCCACUUAGGAUCUUCAAGAAUCUUCGUGUUUGUGUGGACUGCCAUGAAGCAAUCAAGUAUGUAAACCGAGCCACAGAUAGAGAGAUUGUUGUGCGAGAUUUGUACCGGUUUCACCAUUUCAAGGAUGGAAAGUGUUCUUGUGAGGAUUUCUGGUGAAA